AUGGACUUAAGACAGGUAUUUACUGUAGAUCUUCUAGAAAGAUAUGCAGCAAAAGGUCAUGGAGUUAUUACUUGUAUGGCAUCUGGAAACGAUGUCAUUGUUCUAGGAACUAGUACUGGAUGGCUAAUCAGGCAUGACUUUGGUGGUGGUGAUUCUUAUGAUACUGAUCUCUCCACUGGUCGAGCUGGGGAGCAAUCCAUCCACAGAGUUUUUGUUGAUCCUGGUGGGAGUCAUUGUAUAGCCACUGUUAUUGGCACAGGAGGUUCUGAUACAUAUUACAUGCAUGCAAAAUGGUCAAAGCCCAGGGUUUUGGUCAAACUCAGGGGCCUUGUAGUCAAUGCUGUUGCCUGGAACAGACAACAGAUAACAGAAGCUUCCACACGAGAGGUUAUACUUGGCACACAAAAUGGCCAACUUUAUGAAAUUGCUGUUGAUGAGAAAGAUAAGAGGGAGAAAUACGUAAAAUUUCUAUUUGAGCUAUCUGAAUUCCCAGUGCCUUUCGAGGGUUUGCAGAUGGAAACAGCUAGCUCAAACAAUGGAACUAGAUACUAUAUUAUGGCUGUAACUUCAACAAGACUUUAUUCAUUUACUGGUAUUGGAUUGCUUGAGACAAUCUUUGCAAGUUAUGUAGAACGUGCAGUGCAUUUUAUGGAGCUUCCUGGAGAAAUACCAAAUAGUGAGUUGCAUUUCUUUAUUAAGCAAAGAAGAGCAGUGCAUUUUGCUUGGCUUUCUGGAGCUGGUAUUUAUCAUGGUGGUCUCAAUUUUGGAGCACAAAACAGAACCCCAAAUGGGGAUAUAAAUUUUGUGGAGAACAAGGCUCUUUUGAGCUAUUCAAAGUUAAGUGAUGGUGGGGAAGUGGUUAAACCUAGUUCUAUUGCACUUUCAGAAUUCCACUUUUUGCUCCUAAUUGGAAACAGGGUCAAAGUUGUAAAUAGAAUUAGUGAGCAAAUUGUUGAAGAACUUCAGUUUGAUCAAACUUCAGAGACAGCAUCAAAAGGGAUCAUUGGGCUUUCUAUUGAUGCAUCUGCUGGCUUGUUUUAUGCAUAUGAUGAAAACUCAAUCUUUCAGGUGUCUGUAACUGAUGAAGGGAGAGAUAUGUGGAAAGUGUAUCUAGACCUGAAGGAAUAUGCUGCUGCUUUAGCAAAUUGCUCUGAUCCUUUCAAGAGAGACCAAGUAUACUUAGUACAGGCUGAAGCUGCUUUUUCAUCAAAGGACUUCUUUAGAGCAGCAUCAUUUUUUGCUAAAAUAAACUAUGCAUUGUCAUUUGAAGAGAUUACAUUGAAGUUUAUAGGCAUAGGGGAACAGGAUGCAUUAAGGACAUUUUUGUUGAGGAAGCUUGAUAGUCUUGUGAAAGAUGAUAAAUGUCAAAUAAUGAUGAUAUCUACAUGGGCCACUGAACUCUACCUCGACAAGAUCAAUAGACUACUACUGGAAGAUGAUUCGCCAGAUAAGCGUAAUUCAGAAUACCAAUCUAUCAUCAUGGAAUUUCGUGCUUUUCUCAGUGAUAGUAAAGAUGUGUUGGAUGAAGCAACUACAAUGACACUGCUUGAAAGCUAUGGUAGAGUUGAUGAAUUGGUAUAUUUCGCUAGUCUAAAAGAACAACACGAAAUUGUCAUUCAUCACUACAUUCAGCAAGGAGAAGCAAAGAGAGCAUUAGAUGUACUUCAAAAACCAGGUGUUUCUGUUGAUCUUCAGUAUAAAUUUGCUCCAGAUCUGAUAAUGCUUGAUGCAUAUGAAACUGUUGAGUCAUGGAUGACAAGGAAUGACUUGAAUCCAAGAAAGCUUAUUCCUGCAAUGAUGUCUUAUUCAAGUGAACCCCAUGCAAAGAAUGAAACCCAUGAAGUAAUUAAGUAUUUGGAAUAUUGUGUGCACCGGUUGCAAAAUGAAGAUCCAGGUGUUCAUAACCUCUUGCUCUCUCUAUACGCAAAAAAGGAAGACGAUAGCGCCCUUCUGCGAUUCUUACAAUGCAAAUUUGGUAAAGGACGAUCUAACGGCCCAGAUUUCUUCUAUGAUCCUAAAUACGCGUUGCGUCUUUGCCUCAAAGAAAAGCGUAUGCGCGCAUGUGUCCAUAUUUACAGCAUGAUGUUUAUGCAUGAAGAAGCUGUGGCACUUGCUCUUCAGGUUGACCCCGAGCUAGCCAUGGCUGAAGCAGACAAAGUGGAAGACGAUGAAGACUUGAGAAAGAAGCUUUGGCUUAUGGUUGCCAAACAUGUUGUUGAACAGGAAAAGGGCACAAAAAGAGAGAACAUUCGAAAGGCAAUUGCAUUUUUAAAGGAAACCGAUGGUUUGUUAAAGAUUGAAGAUAUCUUACCUUUCUUUCCAGAUUUCGCACUAAUUGAUGACUUCAAGGAAGCGAUUUGUUCGUCUUUAGAGGAUUAUAACCAGCAAAUUGAGAAACUGAAAGAGGAGAUGAACGAUGCGACACAUGGAGCAGAUAAUAUAAGAAAUGACAUCAGUGCCCUUGCUCAAAGAUAUGCAGUUGUUGAUCGCGAUGAGGAAUGCGGGGUUUGUCGGAGGGUAAUUUUGUCCGCAGGGGCGGAUUAUCGAAUUUCAAGAGGUUAUACAACAAUGGGGCCCCUGUCCCCUUUCUACGUGUUCCCAUGUGGACAUGCAUUUCAUGCACAAUGUCUUGUUGCCCAUGUUACCAAAUGUACUGACCCAAGUCAAGCUGAGCAUAUACUGGAUCUUCAAAAGCAACUGACUUUAAUGAGUAUUGAGCCGAAUGUAAAUGUAAAUGUAAAUGGCGGGUUAAAUGGUGUUGCUGAUGACUCCAUCACAAGUGUGGCUCCUGUUGAUAAGAUUCGAUCAGAAUUGGAUGAUGCAAUAGCGAGUGAAUGUCCAUUUUGUGGGGAUUUAAUGAUAAGUGAGGUUUCAAAGCCAUUUGUUUCGCCUGAGGAAAUAUAUUUGGCUUCUUCAUGGGAUAUUAUGUCCAAGAAUGUUGGACCUGAGAAGGGCAUUUCUUUUGUCGUAUAGAACACACCAUGAGUUUUUUAAUUUUUUUAAUUUUGUGUGUGUGUGAUGUGUUUCUUUCAUUUGUGUCGAUAUGUAGUGUGGGUUUUACCUAAUAGAAAUAUAUAAACACCAUGAUAAUUAUUGUUCCUAACAUGUUAUUUAACCUGAGUUGUAUUUUGAGUUUUUAAGGC